AGCCGCCAUCCACUCGGCACCGACCGGAGAGAGCACUGUUCGGUGGACCGAGUCUCAUGCUGGUCGCGGUGACCUGAGCUGGUGCCGGCCGACCUCGGCUGCCCGAGGGCCGUCGCCGAAGCGCCCAGAGCGGGUGACUCAAAGUCGAGAGGGAGGACGAGCGGAUCUGGUUGCAAGAUCCAGGAGGUCGGCUGGGAGCGCGUCUCCCCCGCAUUCACGCGCUACCAGUUCAGGGCUCGGGGAGCGGUGCGCGCCGAUUCCCUCCAAAAUCAAAGGGGCGGGACUGUGCAGACUAGUCUGGCCUCCCUUACGCCUGCCCUGGCCCAGUCGCGUGUGUGUAGGUGGGGACGAAGGGAACUCAAAACUGGCUGUGGGGAUGGCCACCAGGGUCCGGACAGCUGCCAUCUGGGUGCCACCUCUCCAGGAGCGAGACAGUUCAUGCAAUGUGAGCAGAAAGCUCCAAAGUGAGAAAUCCAUCCUGGGUCAAGGGACCCCUGACCAGAGGCCUCUCCCUGGAGGACCCCGGCAGAGGCCCAGGAGACCUGGGACAGCGCAGGUCCUGGAGUGGCUGCUUAUUUCCCAGGAGCAGCCGAAAGCCAAGAAAUCCUGGGGACAUUUGUCAUUCAUGGAUGUGUUUGUGGACUUUACCUGGGAAGAGUGGCAGCUACUGGACUCAGCUCAGAAGCACCUGUACAGGAGUGUGAUGUUGGAGAACUAUAGAAACUUUGUGUCCCUGGGAUAUCAAUACACCAAACCCAGUAUCAUUUUCCAGUUGGAACAAGAAGAGCUGUGGAUGAUGCACAGCCCAAGUCAGGACCAUUCAGACGAAGUCUGGGAAAUUGAUGGUUGUGUGGAAUGGCAUCAGGAAAAUCAAGGCAAGCUGGGAAGUAUGGCAGAAGGCUAUCCCUGUACUGCAUUUGGAAAACUGUGUCUUAUUACUGCAAGUAAUGCUUCUUCAAGACAAAGAUUUCAUAAAUGUGUCACAAAUGGAAAGAGUUUGAAAUGUAAUAUAGGUUUCAGUAAUAAUUACGCUAGAAAGAAUCCUAGGGACUUACAGGCAUUGAGGGAAUCAUCCUUCCUUUCUAAACAUGAACAAGCUGUUAUUGGCAUAAAAUACCGUGAAAGUGAUGAAUCUGGAAAAACUGCCAACAGAAAGCCACAGCUUAUUUGCCAACAAAUGCAUAUGGGAGGAAAAUCAUUUGAAUGCAGUUCCUGUGGGAAGGCCUUCAGCAGCCAGUCGAACCUUGUGGUGCAUCAGGAAACUCAUGAAGAAGCAAAACCCUACAAGUGUGAUGGAUGUGGGAAAGACUUCAGCAGCAAGUCCUACCUCAUUGCACACCAGAGAAUUCACACAGGAGAGAAACUUCAUGAAUGCAGUGAUUGUCAGAAAACUUUUAGUUUCAAUUCACAACUUGUUAUACAUCAGAGAAUUCAUACACAGGAGAAUCCUUAUGAAUGCUGUGAAUGCGGGAAAGUCUUCACUAGGAGAGACCAGCUUGUUUCCCACCAGAGAACUCAUUCAGGACUGAAACCCUAUGGAUGUCAUGAAUGUGGGAAAGCUUUUGGUUUGAAAUCACAGCUCAUUAUACAUCAAAGAAUUCAUACUGGAGAGAAACCCUAUGAAUGCAGUGAUUGUCGGAAAGCCUUUAAUACAAAGUCUAACCUCAUGGUACAUCAGAGAACUCACACAGGAGAGAAACCUUAUAGUUGUAGUGAAUGUGGGAAAGCUUUUACUUUCAAGUCACAGCUCAUUGUACAUCAGGGAGCACACAGUGGCGUCAAACCCUAUGGAUGUAAUCAAUGUGGAAAAGCUUUCAGUUUGAAGUCACAACUCAUUGUACAUCAGAGAAGUCACACAGAAGUGAAACCCUAUGGAUGCAAUGAAUGUGGGAAAGCUUUUAGGAGCAAGUCGUACCUCAUUAUACAUCAGAGAACUCACACAGGAGAGAAACUCCAUGAAUGCUGUGAAUGUGGGAGAGCCUUCAGUUUUAAUUCACAACUUGUUAUACAUCAGAGAAUUCACACAGGGGAGAAUCCCUAUGGAUGCAGUGAGUGUGGGAAAGCCUUCAGUCGGAAAUACCAGCUCAUUUCACACCAGAGAACUCAUGCAGGGGAGAAGCCCUAUGAAUGCAGUGAUUGUGGGAAAACUUUCGGUUUGAAAUCACAGCUCGUGAUACAUCAACGAACUCAUACAGGAGAGAAGCCCUAUGAAUGUAGUGAAUGUCAGAAAGCCUUUAAUACAAAGUCAAACCUUAUUGUACAUCAGAGAACCCACACAGGAGAAAAACCAUAUGGUUGUAGUGAAUGUGGGAAAUCCUUUACUUUUAAAUCACAGCUCAUUGUACAUCAGGGAGCACACACUGGGGUAAAACCCUAUGGAUGUAAUCAGUGUGGAAAAGCCUUCAGUUUGAAGUCACAGCUCAUUGUACAUCAGAGAAGUCACACAGGAUUGAAACCCUAUGGGUGCAUUGAAUGUGGGAAAGCUUUUAGGAGCAAGUCCUACCUCAUCAUACAUACAAGGACUCACACAGGGGAGAAGCCACAUGAAUGCAGUGAAUGUGGUAAAUCCUUCAGUUUUAACUCACAACUUAUUGUACAUCAGAGAAUUCAUACAGGAGAGAGUCCCUAUGAAUGCAGUGAUUGUGGGAAAGCCUUUAAUAGGAAAGACCAGCUCAUCUCACAUCAGCGAACUCAUGCAGGGGAAAAACCUUACGGGUGCAGUGAGUGUGGGAAAGCCUUUAGUAGCAAGUCAUAUCUCAUUAUACACAUGAGAACUCAUUCAGGAGAGAAACCAUAUGAAUGUCACAAAUGUAGGAAAGCCUUCAUUUGGAAGUCACUACUCAUUGUACAUGAGCGAACUCAUGCAGGGGAAAACCCUUAUAAAUGCAGUCAGUGUGAGAAAUCCUUCAGUGGGAAAUUACGGCUCCUUGUACAUCAGAGAAUGCACAUGAGAGAGAAGCCCUAUGAAUGCAAUGAGUGUGAAAAAGCCUUCAUUAGGAAGUCUCAGCUCAUUGUACAUCAGAGGACUCAUUCAGGGGAGAAACCCUAUGAAUGCAGUGAGUGCAGAAAAACUUUCUCUCAGAAAUCAAUUCUCAGUGCACAUCAGAGGACUCAUACUGGAGAGAAACCAUGUAAAUGCACUGAAUGUGGGAAAGCCUUUUGUUGGAAGUCACAACUCAUUAUGCAUCAGAGAACUCAUGCAGAUGAGAAACAUACUGGUGAGUUAAAUAUAAGAAACUUUCUCUCAAAAGUGAAUUCAAAGGAAUUCCUAGAAAAUUCAUACAGGAGAGAAACUUUAUAAAUGGAAUCAUCUCAUUGUACACCAUGUAUAUAUGGCAUGUGGAAAGGAAUCCACAGAAAGCUGUUUUUUAUACACACACACACACAAAAAAAUCAGUAAAUGUACACAGGAACUGUAUGAAUUCAGUGAACCCUCUGAAAGUUCUUAGCAGGAAAUCGUACCAUGUCUUUAAGUUUGUGCAGUUGAGGAACAAUAUGAAUUAAGUGAAUAUCAGAAACUCAUUUCUUUUUCGGGGGGGGGGGUGUAAGAAAGAUCCUUUUAUUCCUUAACAUGCUAACAUCUGCAAAGAGUUAAUUCCAUAAUGCAAAUGAGUAUAGAAUACAGUCCUUUGAAAUUCAUAAUUUAUUGGAAUUAGGAUUUUAACGAGAAAACAUGUAAAUUGAAUGUAUUGCAGGCAUCAGAAGCUUAUAUGUUGGAGACACCACGGUAUAAAGUUAGGGAAAUUCUUCAUCUAGAAGUGACAGGCUUCUAAUAAAAAAGUAAAAAUUUGAAUGAA